UCGACUUCAUUUCUAGAGAAGAAGAAGAAGAAGAAGAAGAAGAAGAAGAUAUUCUGCUGUUCAAACGGAAUCCGCUAUGGGUAUACAGCCUUCGUUUCUGGCCUGCCUCUUCAUACUGUCUACGCUAUCGGAAACGGGUUUCGGGACCCUGGUGCAUAAGAAAGGGAACAUCGUCACGCUUUCUCUAAGCCGGAAGGAAGAAGGCCAGAGCUCCCCUAGAGAUGUGGUGGAGAGAGCGAGUGGAUGUAUCAAGCCCCCGACUAUAGUAGACUGUCGAGACUUGGACAUUCUACGCAAUGCCGCUAUGCAACGGCAUCCUUCGAGGGAUGCUGAGCUGGAGAACGGGCGAAGAGAAUCCCUGCUCGGCCUCGUGGGAUUCAUGCUGGAGAAAAUGACCGGUCACCACUUCUAUCUCGUCCACGACCGAGGGAUCGAUGACAUUUCAGAUCCGAUUAUAAGAAAGAUGCAAGCUUAUGGAGACGUAACCGUGUUCGAAUAUGACGCAGGCCUAAUCGCCUUGCGACAAAUGAUUAGUGGGUUCUACCAUACGGGAAACCUUAGGAAUAUACUCGUCAUUUGCUCGUCGAAGGCAACGCUAGAGUUAUUUCGCAAGAUAACAGAAAUGUACCUGCAGACGCCAACCGUCCAUUGGUUUGUUAUAUUGCAAGACAACAUUGCCACAGACAUUGCCGGUGUCAUUAAGGAAGGCACCCAGAUAACCACGGCAGUUUUUGGGAAAAAGAUCCAGGUACCAGUUUUCGGUUUCCUACGUUAA